AUGGCAUCUGGAGUAACCGUAGCGGAUGCUUGCAAAAAGGUCUACGAGGAGAUCAAAAAGGACAAGAAGCACAGGUACGUGGUGUUUCACAUCAAGGACGAGAAGCAGAUCGACAUCGAGGUGAUCGGCGAGCGCAACUCUACUUACGACCUGUUCCUAGAAGACCUACAAAAGGCCGGCCCGCAAGAAUGCCGUUACGGUCUGUUUGACUUCGAGUACACUCACCAAUGUCAGGGCACGUCCGAGAGCUCAAAGAAGCAAAAGCUCUUCUUGCUCUGCUGGUGCCCAGAUACUGCCAAAGUCAAGAAGAAGAUGGUCUACUCGUCCAGCUACGACGCGCUCAAGAAGUCACUGGUUGGCGUACACAAGGCGUUCCAGGCCACUGACCAUUCGGAAGCUUCCCAAGAAGUCAUCGAGGAGAAGCUCAGGUCCACCGACAGACAGUAA